GACAAAAGCGUCUGCUAAAUGAAACUGUAGAAUCUGUCAUUUAAGAAAAUUAUUGAAAAUGUUUAUUUCUAAUGAGACAAUUAGAACUAAAUGCACUAAAGAUCUACAUGCAAUACUUUUGUCACUUUUGAUGAAUCAUGGAUAAAAAUAGCAAAUCUUCUCAUUCAAUACAAACUCAUUCAUGACUAUUUAAAUAUCUACAGAUCCACUACUUCCUUGUGAAACUCUGCUAGUGUUUGGCUUUAUGCAAAUACAAGAGGAUGUGGUGCAGUUUUGGCGUCAGAUAAGAUUCAUUUCAGCUUUUCAUAUUUCAGAGGAGGAAAUAAAGGGUGGGGAGGGACUGCUGUUGUAUUCCUUUACCCUCUGUGUUGUUACAUUUUACAACUGACACCUAAACGCAACCAAAAGCGACCGGAGCUGCUGCAAGACUUCACUGGUGCGUUCACGGGAAAGCUUCAGGAUUGUUUCGGCUGAAACGAAACUGAAAGAGUUUCGGGGUGAAUUAAAAGGCAGAUGCAGGAAUGAACGACGGAUUACACCGCAGAGCACCGAGAGCAGAGCAACGGAGACAAACACAUCCACCAUGAGCUACCAGGUUUGCCACUGUGGCUGGUCCAAAGUUACAACUUACCAAGGCCUGAGAACUCACCAGGGGAAAAUGGGAUGCACUCCGAAGGGAAUGAGCAUCCCACAGAGCGCACAGCUCAGCUUUGUUCCCAAAUAUACCUACUUGGGACCUCCCAUCAAACUGGAAGAGCCUGCGUUUGAUAUCUACAGGCCUUCUGUGAAGCCUGAUACUACAAAAUCUUCGUCAGACAUGAGCCUCCAGAGCCUGAGAGAGAUGGGAGGCACUCUGAAUGGAAUGAGGAUCCCUGAGAGUGAGCAGUACCCAUUUAACAGAAAUCAGUGGAGAGAAUCCCAUCAAGAUGACAGCAGACUGCUAACUGAAACAACAGGCGGGGAGGAGAAUAUGUUCCUGUCUCCAAACCUCAUCACCCAAAUGGAUUCAGCUAGAAAAGCUGCAGUGAUUGAGCUAUUCAAGUCAUUGGUUGACAAUCAACAGCAUCCUGCAGAAAUGGACACAACCCAUCGAGCGCUCGAUUUCCCCACCAAGGCACAGCCGGUCUUGAUGCCGGCGUUACCGAGCAUCACCACCUCGAUGAAUCCUGCAGCAAAAGAAACCAAAGUGGAGACAAACAAACCACUGGUUGACAACCAACCGCAUUUUCUGCAAAUGGGCACCAACUUGGACAAAACCCAUCGAGCGUUUGAUUUCACCACCAAAGCACAGCCGGUCUUGAUGCCGGCGUUACAGAGCAUCAGCACCCCGAUGAAUCCUGCAGCAAAAGAAACCAAAGUGGAGACAAACAAAUCACUGGUUGAAAAUCAACAAUUUUCUCUACAAAUGGGCACCAACUUGGACAAAACCAAUCCAACACUGGAUUUCACCACCAGGGCACAGUCUGUUUGGAUGCCAGCAUUACAGAACAUCACCACCCCGAAGAAUCCUGCAACAACAGAAACCAAAAUGGAGCCAAACAAAUCAUCGGUUGAAAAUCAACAGCAUUCUCUACAAAUGGGCGCCAACAUGGACAGAACCCAUCGACCGCUCGAGUUCACCACCGUUGCACAGUCGGUCUUGACGCCAGCCUCACAGACCAUCACCACUCAGAUGAAUUCUGCAGCAACCAAAACCCCAUUGAAGGAGACAAACAAAUCCUUCUUUCAAACUCCACAAAGUACUCAUCAAACCACCACCAGCAGCUCCAAUAAAGCUCGUCGAGCUCUUGACUUCUCCACUGGUGCACAGCAGGCUGAAAAACUCUGGGAGGUUCCGACAAGCAUCGGCCAGGAGACAUUUAACCAGUCAAAGGAGAAAGAAAGGGAGAGGGAGGCUCAAAAACUGCUAAAGGCAAGACAGGACAUGAUGAGGGCUGACUUACAACAGAAAAUUCACACCAGAGAGCACAAGGUGGCUGAUGUCAGAUCAUCUGUCACAGCAUACAAGGGCAGUUUGGAUGCUGAGUGGCUGGAGAUCAACAGUGUGUUCUCAGAGGUGAUGAAGGUUGUGGAGGAUGCUCGGCAGAAAGCCCUUCAGCCUCUGGAGCAGAGGAGACGGGAAGCAAAGAGAGAAGCACAAGAUCUGAUCCAGAAGCUGCAAAGAGAAAUCGACAUGCUCAAAAAGACCAUUGAUGAGUUGGAUACAAAACCAGACUUGCAGGUUUCUCCUCUAACAGGCCUAAAAGAAUCUUGGGAAAAUUUAAAUGUUGACACUUCGUUCUCCUUCGGGACCCUGAGAACUACAACCUCAGUUAUGAUCAAACAGAUUCAGGAGAAACUGGAGAACCUCUCUUCCAUUGAACUCAAGAGGAUUCCAGCAUUUGCAGUGGAUGUAAAGCUGGACCCGACCACAGCACAUCAAUGCCUUGUUCUUUCUGCUAAUGGGAAGGAAGUGAGAGAUGGCGGCCAGAAGCCCAAAGUUCCCGAUACUCCGGAGAGGUUUGAUGCUUUCGGCAGCAUCCUGGGGCUUAACAGCUUCACCUCAGGGAAGUCCUACUGGGAGGUGGAGGUCACCAACAAGACCGGCUGGGAUUUGGGUGUAGCGAGAGGCAAUGCAAACCGAAAGGGCAAACUCACGCUGAACCCAGACAAUGGUUACUGGGUGACCGUGCAUUAUGAAGACAGAAAGUACGCAGCCCUGACCACUCCACCGGUCAGCCUCCCGCUAAAGGAGAAAGCUGAAAAAGUGGGCGUGUUUGUAGAUUACGAGGAAGGUCUGGUGUCCUUCUACGAUGUGACGACCCAGUCUCACAUCUACUCGUUCACUGAAUGUUCGUUCAGUGAGCCCAUCUUCCCGUAUUUCAGUCCACAUCUGAAACAAAACGGGAAAAACGUUGACCCUCUGAUCAUCUCUGCUGUGCAAAAACAGCAGUAGUCAUAUGAAGUGCAUGUUACUGCUGCCACUGAAUGCACCACGGACAUGAAAUGUACAGUUUACUGCUUCAAGGCCAUCUGAAGCACCAUUCCAAGUGUAUAUUAAAUUAGGACUUCAUGAGGAUAACAUCACAUGUUUAGUUUUUGUCACUAUAUGUUUUCACUGUGUAAAAUGUGUCAGAAAAUACUCAAAAACAAUUGUAUGUAUGUUUAAACAUGAGUCAAGAGCACUGUUCUUUUUGAAUAUUUUAUGCCAAAGAAAUGAAUUAAUACCCAUUGUCUUCAUUCAGAGUAAAUCUCUUAACCAUUCAAGCAGUUUAUGUAUCACUCAUCAUUUAUACAAUAAUAUUCAUACAGCUAAUGCUCCACUGUAAAUAUAGGAUUUGCUCUUGAACUGUGCUUAAAUACUCUAUACAGCCAUAGUCUGCAUUUGAAUUAUAAGCAGUUUAUUUCCUGUGAAGGUCUGUUUUCAUGUCCUUCUAAUAUUGUCAUGUUCUUCCGUUCAACAUCAACAUGUAUCACUGUGAACAUGCCAUCACUCCAGGCUUAGAAUAGAUUCUAUGGUAUGAGGUGGGCAUGCAUAAUAGAACUGCCAUUUGGAGAACAUUUUGUACUUUUCUCAAAUAUAUUUUUCAUAGUUUUCUGUUAAAAAAAGAA